GCAAAGGGACAAGGGGAGGAGGCGCAAUAUAUACGCCAGAAGGAACAAGAACAGCUAGCCUCUCUACGUGCCAGAAGCAUGUUUGAGAAGAAGCCUGCGUCGAGCGAAAUGGACCGUGACUUCGAGGGCGGCUACGGGGGUCAGGAAGAUCUAGAGGACCGAUACGCAACUACAAGCGGAGAGCAUUGA